GGACAGAUACUAUACUAUCACUCCUCUCUUCUCCUGCUGCCUGAGCUCUGCGCUAUUGGAUACCAAGUGACAUCAUGCCAUUCACUGGAACCUGGCAGGUCUAUGUGCAAGAGAAUUAUGACAAUUUCCUGAGGUCUCUAGGGUUGCCAGAAGAAAUUGUUAAGGUGGCCAAAGAUAUCAAUCCAGUGAUUGAAAUUCAACAAAAUGGAAACAACUUCAUUGUCUCAUCAAAGACACCUAAACAAACCAACACCAAUACUUUCACUGUUGGAAAAGAAUCGGAAAUUACCACACCUGAUGGGAAAAAAAUUAAGGUCACCGUUAACCUGGAAGGAGGAAAACUAAUCUGCAAGAGCGAUAAAUUCUCCCAUAUUCAAGAAAUUCAGGGAUCUGAAAUGGUGGAGACAAUCACAAUUGGUUCAGCAACAAUGAUCAGGAAAAGCAAGAAGGCUUAAAACAAGAAACUCUUAUUUUUUACUAUUUAACAACAUGUGCUGCAACAACAUAUUUUAAUAAUAAAAUAAUGUUUCAGUGGGAA